AUGGGCCUCGAGGAUAACGAGCUAGUCAAGCGUUUCAUCAACGUCGGCGAGAAGAAAGCCGGCUCCACCACCAUGGGCAUCAUCGUCGGUAUGUUUGCUGCCUUUGGUGGUGUUUUGUACGGCUACGACACCGGUACCAUCAACGGUGUCAUGGCCAUGAAGUAUGUCAAGGCGCGUUUCCCUGGCAACGGUGAAGAGUUCACCUCGUCAGAAACGUCGCUUAUUGUGUCGAUUUUAUCGGUGGGUACCUUCUUUGGGUCCCUUGCUGCUCCUUUUUUCACAGACACCAUCGGUAGAAAAUGGUGUUUGAUUUUGUCGUCGUUGGUGGUGUUCAAUGUCGGUGUCGUGUUGCAAACUGCCGCCACAAACAUUCCUUUGCUCUGUGUGGGCAGAGCCAUUGCUGGAGGAGGUGUCGGUUUGAUUUCCUCCACCAUUCCUCUCUACCAGUCAGAAGCCGCUCCCAAGUGGAUCAGAGGUGCCAUUGUGUCGUGCUACCAGUGGGCCAUCACCAUUGGUAUCUUUUUGGCUGCUGUGUUCAACCAAGCCACCCACUCCAGAAACGACUCCGGCUCCUACAGAAUCCCCAUUGCUCUCCAGCUUCUCUGGUCCUUGAUUUUGGGUAUCGGUAUGUUCUUCUUGCCUGAAACGCCUCGUUUCUACGUUUCCAAAGAGAGAGAGGACAAGGCCAUGGAGGCGCUUUCUAAGCUCAGAAAGCUCCCCACUGACCACCCGGAUUUGAUUGAAGAGUACGACGAUAUCAAGGCUGCGUACGAGUUCGAGAAGGAGUACGGCAAGUCGUCUUGGGGCCAGGUUUUGUCCAACAAGAACCACCAGCGCAAGAGAUUGGCCACGGGUGUGUUGUGCCAGGCGUUCCAGCAGUUGACCGGUGUCAACUUCAUUUUCUACUUUGGUACCAACUUCUUCAACGCUGCGGGUGUCGAUGGUUUUGUGACCACUUUGGCCACCAACAUCGUCAAUGUCGGCGCUACGGUCCCUGGUAUUCUUUUGAUGGAAAUCGCCGGUAGAAGAAACAUUCUUCUUGGAGGCGCUGCGGGUAUGUCUAUUUCUCAGCUUAUUGUGGCCAUUGUGGGAGUUGCGGCCUCGUCUGACUCGUCCAAGAAGGUGCUUGUGGCCUUUUCGUGUAUUUUCAUUGCUUUCUUUGCCGCUACUUGGGGUCCUUGCGCCUGGGUUGUGAUUGGUGAGUUGUUCCCCUUGAGAACCAGAGCCAAAUCGGUAGCUCUCUGUACAGCUUCCAACUGGUUAUGGAACUGGGGAAUUGCCUACGCUACGCCUUACAUGGUCGACAAGGACAAGGGCAACUUGGGCACCAACGUGUUCUUCAUUUGGGGCGGGUGCAACUGCUUGUGUUUCAUUUUCGCCUGGAUCUUCAUCUACGAGACCAAGAAUCUUACCUUGGAGCAGGUGGACGAAUUGUACGAAAGAGUUCCCCACGCCUGGAAGUCCCAGGGCUUCAUUCCUACCGAGCACGCCUUCAGAGAAGACGUCCAUGUGGACUCGAGGUUGGACGACACCAAGGCCGAGGCCAUUUCAAUCGAGGAGACCAGCGUUUAA